CAGAACAAGAUACUCCGGGUCUAACGUUCAGCUUUUUUGUAACUUUUGAGAAAUCAGAGACAUGGAUUGAGGAGUUAUUUAUUUUUGCGUUGAUCAUUAAGAAGUCACCUUCGAGAAUUUUUUUCAUGUCGCGACAGGGCUCUCUGGCGUGGAUGGGGGAAAUCCUUAACUGAGUUGCGUCACGAAUACGUCAAUAACUCAUUCACUGACCAGUCACCACAGUAGCCGCCAUGUUCGUAGCUAUGGCAGGGUAGCGGUACCGAUGCAGAGCGCAUGGUCACAUCAUUGACAUCAAAAAGUCGCCGACCGACAUCCUUUCCCACCCAGAUAGUAGUCAACAGUCAGCCACGCAUCUUCCCCCGCAACGACCGAGCAGAGCAGCCGGGAUUCUACAGUACGGGAAACAUGUACUUUGGAGCGGGGGUCUAGGUGGACUACGAUGCCUUAGAUUUCGAGAGGAAUCCUGGCACAGCAUGGAGAUAAACAACGUCAGUAGUGAGGUCAAUGGACAUCAGAUCAUGGAUGAGCCCAUGGAGGAGGGAGAGUGUUACACGCACUGUGAUGACGGGACAUAUAAGGAGAUUCCUAUCACGCACCACGUGAAAGAGGGCUGUGAGAAAGCCGAUCCAUCACAGUUUGAACUCCUCAAGGUUCUGGGUCAGGGCUCUUUUGGCAAGGUAUUUCUGGUAAGAAAAAUUGUGGGUCCAGAUGCCAGUCAGUUAUAUGCAAUGAAAGUUUUAAAAAAAGCAUCAUUGAAAGUUAGGGACAGAGUUCGGACCAAGAUGGAGAGAGACAUCUUGGUAGAGGUCAAUCAUCCCUUCAUAGUGAAAUUGCACUAUGCCUUUCAGACGGAAGGGAAACUGUAUUUAAUAUUGGACUUUCUCAGGGGAGGAGAUGUAUUCACACGCUUAUCCAAAGAGGUUAUGUUUACAGAGGAAGAUGUGAAAUUCUACCUUGCAGAGCUGGCCCUGGCCCUAGACCACCUGCACAACCUGGGCAUAGUUUACAGAGAUCUCAAGCCAGAGAAUAUCUUACUUGAUGAAGCUGGACAUGUAAAGUUAACAGACUUUGGCCUGAGCAAAGAGUCAGUGGAUGCUGAUAAGAAGGCUUAUUCUUUCUGUGGUACGGUGGAGUAUAUGGCCCCUGAGGUGGUCAACAGGAGAGGACACACACAGAGUGCUGACUGGUGGUCGCUGGGUGUACUAAUGUUUGAGAUGCUCACGGGGACAUUACCAUUCCAAGGGAAAGACCGCAAUGAGACCAUGAACAUGAUUCUCAAAGCCAAGUUAGGAAUGCCUCAGUUUCUUAGUUUGGAAGCGCAAAGUUUGCUGAGGAUGCUGUUUAAACGUAACCCUACGAACAGAUUAGGGGCCGGACCUGACGGCGUGGAGGAGAUUAAACGUCACGCUUUCUUCUCCACCAUUGACUGGAAUAAACUGUACAGGAGAGAGCUUCAACCCCCAUUCAAGCCCGCGGCAGGUAAACCAGAUGACACGUUCUGUUUUGACCCAGAAUUCACUGCAAAGACGCCUAAAGACUCCCCAGGUAUCCCUCCCAGUGCGAACGCCCACCAGCUCUUCAAAGGCUUCAGUUUUGUUGCUCCAACGCCGAUGGAUGAAAACAAGAGUUCCCCUCUCCUCAGUAUACUCCCAAUAGUUCAGAUGCACGGGGGGUCCAAGUUCUUGGAUCUGUAUGAGCUGCAGGAGGACAUAGGAGUUGGCUCGUACUCCAUUUGUAAACGCUGUGUACACCGAGUCUCUGCCAUGGAAUAUGCUGUGAAGAUUAUAGACAAAAGUAAGAGGGACCCCUCUGAGGAAAUAGAAAUCCUGAUGAGAUACGGCCAGCAUCCUAACAUCAUUACACUAAAAGACGUGUAUGACGAGGGCAGGUAUGUUUACCUGGUGACAGAGCUGAUGAAGGGAGGAGAACUGCUAGACAAGAUCCUGAGACAGAAGUUUUUCUCUGAGCGAGAGGCCAGUGCUGUGCUUUACACCAUCACUAAGACUGUUGACUACCUCCAUUGCCAAGGGGUAGUACAUCGAGACCUGAAGCCCAGCAACAUUCUCUAUAUGGAUGACUCUGGGAAUCCAGACUCUAUCAGAAUCUGCGACUUUGGUUUUGCAAAGCAGCUUCGAGGGGGGAAUGGCCUUCUCCUCACACCUUGCUAUACCGCCAACUUUGUGGCACCAGAGGUACUAAUGCGGCAAGGUUAUGAUGCAGCCUGUGAUAUAUGGAGUCUUGGAGUUCUAUUAUAUACAAUGUUGGCUGGGUACACACCAUUUGCAAAUGGGCCAAAUGAUACACCAGAAGAGAUUCUUCUUCGAAUAGGCUCUGGAAAGUUUUCUUUGACAGGUGGUAACUGGGAUACUGUGUCAGAAACCUCAAAGGACCUCCUGUCCCACAUGCUCCAUGUAGAUCCUCACCAGCGAUACACGGCAGAGCAAGUUCUAAAGCAUUCCUGGAUUUCCUGCAGAGAUGCACUGCCUCACUUCCAGCUUACACGCCAUGAUGCACCACACCUCGUCAAAGGAGCCAUGGCGGCCACAUAUUCAGCGCUGAGCCAGAAGACCAGCCAGCCUGUGCUAGAGCCUGUGGCAGCAUCCAGUUUAGCCCAGCGGCGCAGCAUGAAGAAACUCACCUCAACAGACAUGUAGACACACACACACACACAGGGAGCCUGUGCUACCAUUUUGACCUCACUCAUACCGACGUAAGUCCUGGCCAGUCAAAGCUACAGUCUCCCUUUUUAACAUAUUUAUUUGACGAAACCAACAUAAACGCACAGCUCCACGCACAUAUCCACUUGACGAGGCUCCAAUGCGAAGACAUGAGCUCAAAAACAAGACAAGAAACUUGUAUUUGUUACUGCUGGGAAGACAGAAUUGUAUUUAUUUCCACAGCUUUCAUAUGCACUUGCCCUCCUCGCCUUUCAUUCUUUCUUCCCUGGGAAGAAAUGCACCAGCUGAUGUUCUCCUUCACUGUGAUUGGCUGAUACAAAGCUGCUUCGGUAAACUGUGCCCACCCCCUGCCUCCCACUGCUCUUCAUCUAUGUUCCGUCUUCCUCUCCGCCUCAGUUCUUUCUCCUUCCUUGAUUGCGUUUGCUCUCUUCUUUUCACCACAAGAUACAUAGUACAAAAGGUGUAUGUGUGAGAGUGCUGGCAAGAUGACAUUGACUGAGGGACAGAGACAAAUUGUUUCCUUAUUCGAAACCUGCAACAAACAUUUCUGUGUAAGACAGUCCUAAAUCGUACGGAUCAAAAUCAUCUACGCGCACUUUUGGCAGUAUAAAUGCAUGUUUGGACAGAAGCUGUAUUUGCAUCACCUUUAAUUCACGUUUGUGAUGUUUCUAAAGAGGUUCAAAAUGACUGCAAAUGGAUAAAAUGUCUUAAAAUGAAUGUGAAACUGGUGGCAAGUUCAAGAUUGCACAUAUACAUAUUAGUUGCUAAUUUAUUUGGUACGCCUAGAUUAAACUAAUGCAGUGGCCUCCAUUUGUGAAGCUUUUACUGCAUCUGUUUUGGAGAGGUUUUUUUUUUUUUUAAAUGUUCAAUGGUGCACUAAAUUUUUUUAUGAAUGGACAAAAUAUCAGUUCCAGAUUUAACUGAAGAAACCUCUCUACCUUUUAAAAUGACACAAAACUGAUCAUAAUAGUCCUCAUACCUAUUUAUUGUCAUUUGUUUGAUCUGUGUGUACCUAGUACAUUUGCAAAUGAUUGUAUACAUAUCUUAAUAUAUAUGGUGAAGGUUCUGAAGAUGAAGAGCAUGUGUGGGAGCUGUAGGGAAAUCUCUGGGGGGAAGGAAAUGCACCCCAUCGAACCAGAGGCUGAAUAUAUAAAAAAAUAAAUAAAUCUAUAGAUAUCUCUUUAAAAGACAUUGUGGAAAUUGUAUAAUACUGUAUUUAUUUCAUUUGAUUUUUAAGAUUCUAUUUUUCUUUCAAGUUCUGUAUAUAUUGACAUUAAAGAUCAUUAUUGACA